AAUAGUGGGGGAAAGGGAAGUCAGUAAAUCAAAUUAAAUCUGCAAUUUAUUCAUUUUCUUUUAAAAAAAGGUAUAAUUUUUGUUCUCUAUUGACUGGGUUUGUUGCAAAUAUAUUGCUGCAACUAAUUUUUAUUUCAUUGUUUUAUGUUGGUUUUCCCAAAGAGAAAUAAACGGAAGUAAAGUUGUGACCGUGGUAAGACUUUCUUAGCCUUCUCAAGUUGGAAACCGUUUCACUAUAAUUUCGCAAGAUUUUUCUCAACCUUUCUAUAACUAGUCAAUUCUUUUUUAUUUUAAGCUUUCAUGAAAAUACAAUUUUACAAAUCAAUAUCAAAAGAUCGGUAGUAAAUUGCAUCAUGGCGUUUGUCUGUGCGCACGGUGAAUUAUUUAUUGUAGCUUUAAUGUUGCAUGUGCGUGAGUCAAGCUCGCAUGCAUCAAGUGUCCUUUUCUUAUCUAAUGCCGUAAAUCAAUCUGGCCGCAAUAUAUUGACGUUUUAAUUUCGUACACCACACUGCACGUCACCUCAACACAGCACACAUGUGCACGAAACUAAAUUAUACUGGAAAUUAUAGAAAUAUUGGUUCUUCUUCAAGAAUGCGUCGUUUUCCGCAUUAACCAGCGACUAAAAAAUAAGCCGCAGAUAAGACUUAUCACCUUUUACUAGUUGGUGACAGCGCCUUUAUCUACAGAUAAAAAAAGGAUAUUAGUUUGGUGCAACGCUGGUUGCCCGCAGUAAUGCCCAACAAGCCAAGCUAAACCACCGUCGGCCCGAAUCCACCCUUCUGAAAUGGGCAACUCAAACUCGUUUGAAUCUGUGUACCAGGGCCCCUUACUGACUGAUGAACUCAUGGAUGAUUAUUUGCAACUUUCUUAUUUAUCACGUAAAGAAAUUUCAAGGAUUCACAAAAGAAUGCAGGACUUAAUAGGGGAAGAGGAAUUCACAGUUGUGCACCGAGUAACCUGGGAACGAAUGCUUGAAGCUUUUCCUGAAAUUAAGGCUAACCCCUUUGUGGAUAGACUGUGUGAGGUAUUUUCGUCAAAAAAUGACGGACAUGUGUCAUUUGAGGACAUGCUAGAUCUCUUUUCUGCCUUGUCACCGUCGUGUCCGACAGAAAGCAAAGCAAAAUGGGCAUUUCGAAUCUUUGAUUUCAACAAUUCCAACGCCUUAGAAAUUGAAGAUCUGCAUGAGUUGAUCGACAGGCUAACAAAUGGUAGGAAUGUGAAAGAAAAUGGGAAGUUUUUGACUGAAGAUGAAAAAGAGCACAUUGUGGAUAUAGUAAGUCUUUUUCCAAUCUAUUAUCAACUGUUUAUAAAACAUUUUUGAACCAAUUACAGAUUUUGAACGAGGUUGAUUUGGAUCACACUGGAUCCAUUGUCACUGUCGAGUUUGUUCACGCUGUAUCCAAAAUGCCUGAUUUCUGUUCCAGUUUUACUUUGAAACUGUGAGUUGUCUGUAGUACAAAUUUUUGAAAAUAACAGUAUUAAUUGUGAUCUUCUAAAUCAAUCAAUAAGUUGAAUGUACUUUUAACAGAGUGUAUUUUUAAUAAAUCUUAAUUUCACUAAAUUCAAAAAACUAUAAAAAAAAUAUGAUCUCUUAAACUCUUGAAGUGAGGUUUGAAAAUGCUUGAUUAAUUAUCACACUGGUAACUUUUUAUCUUAAAAUGAAAAUUAACUUGCCGUCAUCGAGUUAACCACCUGGGACGCCAACUGCAUGGUCAGUUCCAACAUGCGGUCACUUGUACCUUUUGUUGGCUUCUCCUCCCUUUGGACUUCAGUUUUCUGCAGCUUCACCCAUUGAACUUGACUCAGGCGGUACAGAGAGGCCUUGCACUUUUUGUAAAAAUCUGAAUCCUCCAUCAGAUCAGGAGAGGUUGCUUUUAAUGACUGGACAGUUGCCCACAAGAGUUUCUGUAGAGUUGAAAGUUUGCUCUAAAUUAUUCAAUUUUACCACAUUGAAAAAUUUUUACCCUUAGAUGAUGUUCCGUCAUCUUUUCAACCACUUGGUUUUUUUCUUCAGUCUUUUUGGGCAAAGUCUCUUUCACUGAGCUGGACUUGGCCAUAGGAACUGUGAUCAGCUUGUUGGUAGUUUUUGGAAGCUUUGGCGCCGAAACCUCUUUCUGGGUUUGCCGCAUCAAGAACACAUCCCUUUGAGCUGCCAUGCUAUUCAUAUGCAGGCCUGGAUUCCUAAUGAAGGAAUCCAUAAAAUUUCUAGAUUAUUGCAUUAGAUAUUAAAAGUUAAUUUACUUUAUAGACGUGCUCGUUUUGCGUGGCGAUUUUCGUUUUUGAACAUUAGCACGGACCCUGCUUCUGCGCUGAGCCAACUCAACGGACAAGUUGUCUGGAGCUGGGCUCGCAGGACUGGACAUUGAUCGAGGCAGCAUAUCAAGGAAAUCACAGGAAAGGGGUGAUGCAAUGACUGUGAAUUUGGAUGCCGUUGUCACAAAGGCAGACGUCUCGUUCAUAAUGUAUCUUUGACGCACUUUUUCAUACAGGAAGUCCAAGG